AUGGAAUUGAACUUGCAAAAGAAGCCCGUCAUCGCUAUUGCCGGUGCUGGUCCCGGCAUCGGUGAAGCUAUUGCCCGUCGCUUUAUACAGGAGGGAUUCGCAGCCGCUUUGAUUGCCCGCACGGAAGACAAACUGAAGAACAUGGCGCGACAAAUCGAAACAGACCACGGAACGGGAAGCGCACGAUACUACGUUGCGGAUCUCAGUGAAGAGGACUCUGUCAUUGCCAGCUUUCGAAAAGUCCGCGUGGAGCUGGGGCCCGUUGACGUCCUUGUUUACAACGCCGGAGCGCGGCGGGUGAACGGCAGAUCUAUUCUCGACACAUCAUCUGCGGAGUUUGACAACUUCGUCAAGAUCAAUCUAUUCGGCGCCUUUUGGUCGGUCAAGUGUGUUCUGCCCGACAUGCUGAAAGUGGGGAAGGGCACGAUUAUAUGUACAGGCGCGACGGGGUCGCUCCGUGGCAUGCCUGGCCUGAGCAGCUUCUCACCGGGUAAAUUUGGGUUGCGAUCGCUGUGUCAGAUCAUCACCCGGGAAUACCAAUCCAACGGAAUUCAUGCGGCACAUAUCAUCGUGGAUGGUCCUGUCGACGGCAAGCUUAUUGGUGGUGUGAUGAGACGGGCUUGGCAACGUGAGGGUACUACGGACAAGCUAGAAGAUGUCUCGUCUUAUCUUGUGUUGCCCGAAGACUUGGCACAUACCUAUUGGUUUCUCCACACGCAACCGAAAAGCACAUGGACGCACGAAUUGGAUACCAGGGCGCAGAAGGAGAGCAUGUUUUCAAAAUUGUGA